AUGACAUCUCCAGUGUUUGCUCUCUUUCUCACAUGUUUGUUCUUGGGGGAAAUGGCUCAGUCGACAGGUCUGAAAUCCUCCACAACUGUUCGUCAAGGGACAGGAUUUGUAUCAGUUAAUAAUGGGGACGAGUUGACUUUACAAUGUUUCUAUGAAGGAGAUGUUGCUGCAAGGUUGUACUGGUUUAAGCAAGUUCUUGGACAGAAAGCAAAACUCCUCUCUUCUUUCUUUAAAUAUAAUGUAAAUGUGACUUUUCACAAUGAAUUCAAGAACAAUCCACGCUUCAAACUGGAUACGGCAAGUGGAAACAAUCACUUAACGAUCAAAGAUUUACGCCCUUCAGACUCGGCUACUUACUACUGCAUUAACUUUCUAUACACAAUAGACUUUUCAGAGAGCAUUUUUGUGAGUGUAAAGGGUUCAGGUUUGAAGAUCCCAGCAGUCCAUCAGUCAGCGUCUGAGAGCAUCCAGUCAGGAGGCUCUGUGACUCUGAACUGUACAGUACACACUGGGACCUGUGAUGGAGAACACAGCGUUUACUGGUUCAAGAACUCGGAAGAAUCUCAGCCAGGACUCAUUUACACCCAUGGAGGCAGGACUGAUCAGUGUGAGAGGAAAACCAACACACAAACGCAGACCUGUGUUUACAACCUGCUGAUGGAGAGUCUGAAUCGUUCUCAUGCUGGGACCUACUACUGUGCUGUUGCCUCAUGUGGACACGUUCUGUUUGGAAACGGGACCAAGCUGGAGUUAGAGGAUGAGGUGGACUCUCCUUUUUUAGUGUAUUUCUUGAGUGCAGCUUUGGCUUUCACCACCAUCCUGAGUGUUUUACUGGCUUUCUUAAUGUACAAGGUGAACAAAAGAAACAGCUGCCAAACUGCAGUCAACCACGCAACAUUUCCAUCUCCCUCCACAGCGAGUGCAGAGGGUUACCAAGAUGCAGACAACAUCCAUUAUGCUGCUUUAAGUGUCACCCUGCCCAACAGAUCAAGAAGACAGAGGAACAACACCAACGAUGAAUGUGUGUACUCUAGUGUCAAGCAGUAGAACUGGACAUUAUUUCUACAUUCUGAGUAAGAUGGAAGAUUCUUCUUAUAAUCUCUUUGAUUAUGUACACACAGAUGUAGAUAUUUAGAUAAAUAUCUGUAUCUUUCAUUGGUCCAGGAUGUAAAGAGUGAAGAGAACACAUAGGAAUGGACCGAGUUAUUAGGGGAAAGAGAAGUUUAAAUGAUCUAUGUUGUUUUAUGAGACUGUGUGAACUGUUGUUAUUUGGCCCUUCUCCAACACUCCACACUAGAGAAUAAUUCAUCAAACAAAGAAGUUUGAUGUCAGUUCAUUAAGAAAGCCGGAUUGAUUGAUGCUGUACACAACCUGGUCUUUGGCUCUAAGGGCUCGGAUUAAUUUAUCAAUAAAUGGCAUUAUCCUUAAUUUCUUUGACGUAAUUGUGUAUUGUGCAUUUCCAUGAACAUCUUGUGUCAAA